AUGGUGGAAGAGUGCCAUGCUCAAGGUGAAUACGUGCUGGAUGGCACAACGCUUCGAAUCCCUGAUGUGGCGUAUGUGCCUCGACAUAAUGCAAGGCAGCUGAUUGAAGCUCAACGAUGGAAUCGUGGUGGAGAACAUUUUGCUCCGACGUUCGUGGUGGAAAUCGACAUACUCACAGGUCCACAUUCCAAGCUUGAUGCUCUUGAUCACAAGAUGCGGCUCGAGUACUUUCCUCAUGGUGUGCAAUUGGGAUGGCUCACUGAUCCAAAAAACAGAAUCAUGUACGAAUACAAGCAAUACACCCGACAAAAUUGUCUUGUUCGACGCGUUAACAGCGCGUGGAGAGAUCUAGACGGUGGUACCGUUCUUCCUGGCUUUACUCUUCGUUUCAAAGAUUUGGACCAUGUGUUGGACCAGGAAUCUGGAUCGUCAUCCGAAGAAGAAGUUGAGUCAGUAUGUCCUGUUUCAGCUUGCAGGCUUCGAUUUCGAUCGCCUGGUGCAAUUGUCGCUCAUGUCGAAUGGCACCGUGUUGAAAGUGCUGAAGCGACGUCGAGCAAACCGUGCGAACCAUUAAUUCAAUUGAUUUUCUUACGUUAG